AAUCCCCUUCGGCUCACUCCCGCAAGCAGAGGAAGAAGACGCACUCCCCCAACAAGAACCACGCGCGAGAGAGAGGAAGCCAUGGCCAUGUCGCUCUCCCUCGCGCGCCUGGCCCUGCCUCCGGUCCUCCAGGCCCUCCCCGGCAGGAGGCUGGCCCACUCCGCCCUCGCCUUCCCGGCCAACUCAUUCUUCGGCGCGCCGCUGGCCGUGGCCGCCGCCGGCGCCGCCGCGCUCUCCCCGGCGGCCCCGCUCCCGCGCCCCCUCGCCGUCGUCGCCGCCGGGAAGGGGUACAAGAUGAAGACGCACAAGGCGUCGGCGAAGCGGUUCAGGGUGACGGGGACCGGGAAGAUCGUGCGGCGCUGCGCCGGGAAGCAGCAUCUGCUCAGCAAGAAGAACGCCAAGCGCCGGAAGAGGCUCUCCAAGAUGGUCCAAGUUAACAAGAGCGACUAUAGCAACGUGAUGGGUGCGCUGCCCUACCUCAAAGUGAACAAGAAAGCAGGCUGAGAUCUACCAGGUCUCCGUAAAAUGACUGCCACUGAGUUUCUGUUCACCACUUGUAAUUUUGUGCAUCUUUCUCUGUAUGCCUUUUUUUUUAAAUUCGUACCAUUGUCAUACUUCACAUUCCAAGCAAUCAGAAACAACUAUUCAUAUGGGUAGUUCAGUGGUGUUCCACAACA